ACUAGAGAUCCCAGCGCUGGUUCAGUGAUCUGACAGACACUCUGUUCUGUACUAGACUUGUCGGCCACAAGGCAGACCAAUAAAGCGGAUCGAGAGGUAGGGCGGCUUUAAAUCUCUAACAACCCACGGGAACGCCGAAACUCAUCUUACAAAGAAACGAACCGCUGUACUUUCUUGUAACCCACGUUUCACGGUUUGUCUGUCGAAAUCGAAAUCAAAGUCGGUUUAAAGUAAUACACGUCAAAAAUUAUUUAUAAUCUAGAAAUUAAAUAUUAAUUUUUUUCCCUUUUUUUGGAUAUGGCAGUGCAAAAUGCUGUUUGUGAUUUCUGCUUCUUUACAGUUUGAACAAAAGUAAUUUAGUAAAUAUAAUUACACACAGAAAAAAAAACAUACGUAAAAUUCUUCCAACUUGAGAGCGUCUGAAAUUUUAAUUAAACUAACAAAGUAGUCACUGUUAAUAACGUAAAGUAAAUUUUACCGGAAUGAGAGCAGUUUAAAUUGAAAACAGUGAUAUCCUUUGAUUUUAGUCAAGACACUUUAUCCAUAACAAAUCGUAACUUGCACUAGAUUUUCGGAGAACUGUCAAUGUCUUUGAGAAGUGUGACCUGAGGUGGAGACGUGUUUUAAUAUCGAGAUAUUUCAUAAUCGAGUAAAGUCCGAUAACUAGGAAUGUGUAUUACUUUAUUGUAAUCGUAACUAACAAGACGUUUCGAGUCGAACGGAGCAAAUUUCGACAGGAACAAUAGGGGGGACAAUGUGCUGUGUCCAGGCGGAACGUGUGUUCCCGGCCUCCGACAGUGAGGACGGCGACGAUUCGAAUCGGACUCCCCAGUUGUUUCGACCUCCUCGCGGGCAAUCAUCAAGGUCUUGUCCACCACCGCGCGACCUACCCAUUGAAUCGCAAUGGGCCGCAGGUCUGGGUGGUGGCAUGGGACUAGAUCACUUUCACAGCCACCAUCACCAUCAUCAUCAUCACCAUCUUUAUCACCAUCAACAACAUCUGCAUCACCAACGAGGAUCGUCGACGAGAUGUCAACAUUUUAUACCAGCUCGAAGAUCUUUUUCGUCAUCUCUUGUCGCUGAUCUUAGGGCUGUAGGGCCUGGGCCGACACUGGAAGGAUGCGAGCUAUUGGAGGCAGACAGGAUCAACCAUUCUAGCAACUGCCCAGCAGCCACGCCCCCUAGCUCCCCUCUGGACUCUCCGCCGCCCCCAGCUCCUGCCCCCGCUGCUCCCAUACCAGCCCAUUAUAUUUCUUCCCUGCGAGCAUCUUCACGUCGAGGCGGCGUCAGUCCAGAGAAGGAAAGGGACCCAUUGUCACGGUUACUACGUUUUCUACGGGCCUUCUACCGUGAACUGGCUGGGAGGGACCCAGCUAACCCCCCGCCGUGGGCACCUCCAUUACCGCCAGGGACGCUAUGCCCUGCACACUUUCAGCCAUCGCUACAACUAGCGCCAAUAGGAAGUGGUGGUCGACCAGAGAAUGAACCGCGCGACAGCAUUCGAUUGGAACAGAUACUCUCGGCCAUCAGGACGAACGAAGGCUCGAUGCAUGAUGCCCCACGUCGCGUGGUUGUGGAGGGUGGUCCUGGCAGUGGUAAGACAACUCUGGCUUUGAGGCUACUCCACUCGUGGGCCACACAAGAUGACUGGCUAGGUCCAUCAAUAGAGCUCGCUCUAUUUGUCCCACUCCGGGAGCUACGUGGCAACAGUUUGGCUCAUUACCUGAGCAAGGAGCUCCUCCCGAAGACUGCACUCAGUGGUUGCGCAAGUCCCUGGGGUGGAGGGGGUGGUGGAAGCUAUGGUGGGAGUGGAAAUGGUUUCGCUCAAGUGUGGAAGUGCCUCGGCCUCCUAGAAGACAGGUUGUUGUUCGUGUUGGAUGGUUACGAUGAGGCUGUGGCACUCGGUGGACAGGAGGGCAAGGGUCAAGGUGGUACUGGAGCUGGAAAUGGGAGAGAAGCAUUGGGGGAUGCCGUUGAACUACUUGAAGGCCGCAUGUUCCCCGAAUGUCGUAUUCUAAUCACGUGUUCUCCCGGUUGGAGUUCGGAAUUGUUCCCACUCGUUCAGCGUAGAGUUCUGCUUCACGGGUUGGACUGGGCCCACGUAGAGCGACUUGUGACCGCCUACUUUAAUGGAAACAAAAAGCCUGAGAGUGCUAGUCAUUUUCUGGAGGUUGUAUUCGCAAGUCAGCAAGUUCUCCGUCCUUUGGCAUGUUGGCCUCUUGGCUGGCUUCUACUCUGCGUCCUUUUUGAAGAGGAAGGUGGCCGAUUACCAACCGAUACGUUGGAUGUUCACCAGGCUCUAUUUAAGUGCCUUAUCCGCCGGAGUCUUGUUAGGAAGGGUGAAAUUUUAAUGCCUAGUGAAAUAUCUUCCGACUUACCUGGACACUGUAAGAAGUUGCUAGCUGAAUUUGGGAGGCUUGCCCUAACUUCUAUAAAGGAGGAGAGGUUCUUGUACACAGACUCAGAAAUUCGAGCUCAUUGUAGGGGCGGUGGGCUCGAAGUCACAGAACUUGGCUUUCUGAGUCGUGGUCUCAACUUUGGACGCAGUCACAAUCAGAAAAAGCGAGCCGACUACUACACGCCAGUGAUUCGAACAUUUGCAGAAUUUCUGGCAGCAUAUUAUAUUUCUUCUAUAGUACAUUACUCAAAUAUUCUAAGGAGAGAACUGGAAGAUCUUCCUGGAAUGACUGGAGGAGGGAUUGGCUCUGUUCUGGACAACAAUACGGUGCUGAUACUGAGGUUCCUUAUGGGACUUUUGGGACGUAAGGGUCACCUCGUGUUCAAUCAGUUAUGUCCGCUGGAUUUCCCCACACGGACGUUGUUCAUGCUUCUUCAAGCAUCAGGACCCUCUGAAGCUAACGUAGCCGCAGUGUGUAGACUAUUAGGGGCUUCAAGUAGCAGUUGGGUAGGCAUGGGUAAUGGAGCUUCUGGGGCUAGUUCCAAAGUUCCUGUUCCCCUCGUUCAUACAGCGCCACUGGAACUUGAAGGUUGGUCUCACGUUCUCCAAAGUGAAGCAUGUACUCUGGAGGCACUGGAACUUGUUUUUCAGUUUGAUAAAGGUGCGGAUUAUGAAGAGCAUUUGGAUUCCUUCUUCACGUCGCUAUCUUCUAAUGAUAGUGUUCGGUUAGUUCGCAUUUCGUCUUUGCUGGGACACGAAUUCACCGCCGCCGAAGUGGAUCGCUUGGCAGGUUACGUGAAGACUACACUGUGCAAAUCUAGGCUUCACACAUUUGAGCUCGUCAUAACGUGCCUGGAAGAUAGUGCACAUGACAGGUAUUUGUUUGAAUCUCAUUUAUGCGUGUUUUGAGUAAUUAUAAUGUGUAUGAAGCGUGUUCAUAAUCUGUUGCUGUUAUUUCUAACGGAAAAGUGUAUUCUUCGUUUUUCGUAGAUUAGUCACCUAAGCCUUUUCAGCCUCGGAAAAUAUUCUGAGGCAGUAAAUCUUCUUAACACAUAGUACGUCUCAAUUAAUAAGGAAUAAUCUAAUUAGAGGGUCUGUUCCAUCACAAUAUAAUGUAAGGCAACACAGAGAAAUACAAUCAGACUUUCAUAUAACAUGUAAAACAGCAUAACAUAACCUUAAAAUCGAAAUGUUUAUAUUUCAGAAAUUUUACGCUUUGAAUUUUAAAUUAUAAAUAACUUAAAUUAUGAUAGCCCCUGACUUAAUCAGAGACCACCAAUGUCAAUUUAGGAGGAAUAUUGC